AUGGCCCUCGACUACAGUUGGCCUUCGGUCGCGGACAUGCCCAUAUCGAAAGCCAGAGCGAAUUGGGAUUCAAGCCAUUCCGCCUUGCAGACGUGGAGGGUCCCUGCCCAAUUGAUCGAUCAAGACUCUUACAAUGCUACCGUACUUCGGUUGACUGCGACAACCUCGGAGGAUGAUUUGGAUGAUCGGAUCGCAUUGGAAGCACAGAGUCUCGACCUGCUGCCUGUUCACGUUACUCCGGAUAUCGACAGUCUCACAUCUUCCCUCUCGACAACCACUGUCACAUCCGAGUCGAUCAACCACAGCUCUGUCCAAUCCCAGUCCACGGCUCCCACAUCUUGUGCCUCAAGCGAGCAUCGUCCAGUUACCCGAUCUUCCUACCCAUCCGAACGCUCUCCCACGCAUUCAGAAUCUCCUUCCUCCCGGUCCCAACCCGACAAGAAGAGAAAUUCACCUUUAAAAAGAGGCUUCCGAAAGAUGACAGGAUUUCGGAAAAGAAGAUCUGGAUCUGUCGCUCUCACAUCUCCUACACUGUCCAGCAUCAGCAGUGACGCGGACACGAACCGUGGCGAGGAAGCACCCGUCGAUAUGAGAGGUCCUCUGUCAAUCAAGUCCAGCAAAAGCUCUUGGUCGCAACCACUCUCGGCCACGAAGUCAGAUUACGACUCGAGUGCGCCCGUUGAUCAAGAGGCUGUUGAACGAAGUAUGGAGUCCAAAGAUCUACUCAAUCUUCGAAUGAGCCAACUUCAGGAAAAGGCUCGUUUUCUGGAAUUUCAAGCCUCACUGAUCUCGCAGCUGGCGGCACGGAAAGAGCAGAAAAAAUCGCAGAAGAGGAUGGAGCAUGAUAAAAUCAUUGCCGACCAAAUCCACAAGAAUGACCGCGCCAUCGAAGCUCUGGAAGCACACCAGCUGGAAGAGGAGAUGAAGAUGCAAAAGGAGCAGGAGCUAGAGAAACGAGCUGUGUUGGUCCGGCUCAGACAUAUGGAGGCUUAUUGCCACAAUCCGACACCACCACCAACUCUUUGUCCAACUUCUGGACCUCCCGCAACCGAAUCUGCAUUUCCCCAGCGAAAAGUAACGGACAAGGACUACCAUAGCCUCGCUCAACAGUACCGCGAGCGCGACGUUAUGGAUACCUUACAUUCAUCCAAGAUCAAUGUUUUAAGAGGCAAGCAGAAAAAAGCGGUCGAGAGAUUGAUGGCCAGAAAGGAGCGGGAGCUUGAAAACAUGGAAAAAGAGCAAGAGAAAGAGAUUGCCGCCAUUGACCAAGACUUUGCUGCUCAAGAAGCCGAUCUAAGAUCGGCCCUGAGUGCGAAGCGUGGCAGACUUGAGACAAGGUGGAAAACUCAGACUCUGAUUGAACGAACCAGAUUGGAGAGGGCGACAGGAUUGAAGCAUGCUGCGCUGGGAGAUGUUCUCGUGAACGACGACUCCCCUCUUCCUGGACUUGCCGUCUGA